AUGUCCGAUUCACAGUCAUCGUCCUCGCGUCCGCUCGCUCCGUUCCCCAUCCCCCCUAACAAGUCCAACUCCCCCGACGAUGUAGUGCCCAGUAGGAAGCACAAGACAACUGCCUGUAGGGCAUGUAAACAGAAGAAGUUGAAAUGUCGAGGAGAUCCGCCCUGCGAACAUUGUGUGGCAAAUGGCAUCGAAUGCCACGUCGACGAGAUGGCCGAUAUGCGCCGCAAAUUCGCCAUGAAGCGUAAACUCGACCGACUCGAGCUAGCCUCCGACGUCCUGGUGCGUCUGGUCAACGCCCUGCGAGAAAGCCAGAGCACCCGCAUUGCCCAGCUGCUGAACCUGAUCCGCAGCAACGCGUCCUUCGGCGAGCUCCAGGUCUUCCUGAAGCAGGAAUUCUCCCAGUCCGAGAUCGAAGGAUCCCCUGAACUCCGUGAAUUCCAAACGCAUUUAUCUCAACAGGAGGCAGAGAUGAACGAGGAGCCGAAAGCCAGCCAUCGAAACGGCCGGCGAAUGCUGGACGUUCGACGACUCACCGACAUCCCUACCUAUCGUGUGCCGGCCAAACCGUGGACGAAAUUGACCGACGAUGACGACCUGGUGUCACAUUUGGUGUCGUUGUGGUUGACCUGGACCUAUCCGUUCUUCCACUGGAUGGACAAGGACGCGUUCGUACGCGACAUGCAGGCCGGCAGCCUGGACUGCCGAUUCUGCUCACCCUUUCUGGUGAACGUCAUUCUUUCAGAGGCCAGUUACUACUCCGAUUACGCCGAGGUGUAUACCGUCCCGGGAGACCCCCUUUCGCGAGGCACACAGUUUUACGACGAGGCUCGACGGCUGCUAGAGGAGGAAGAGGAGGACGGUGCUGCGUCAUUGCCGACCAUUCAGGGACUUUUGAUUCUCUUUAUCCGCAUGACUUUGAUGGGAAAAGACCGUAUGGGGUGGAUGUACCUGGAUCUAGCGACGCGAUCAGCUACCGAAUACGCUGCCGCCCAUCCACUUCGACCGACCAACAGUGAAUCCGCACGGGAGUUGGAGACGGUGGUAAGUCAUACACUGUGGGGGGCCUUUUGCAUAGCCGCUACCGCUGCCGUGUCGUUGAUGAAACAUAUCGACGUGAGCCCUCCACGCCGUCCUCGCGUUUCCAUCGAACACGAUCCUCGCGAUGUCUGGUCGCCAUACCCGAGAGAUGCCGAACCGGUGCCCGGCCACCACAACUGCGUCUUCGACCGAUGGUGCGAUCUUAAUUGCAUCAAUAUUGGAAUUAGCCAAGCUUUUCAUAAUGUGGAGGACCGAUCGCCCGAUUUUUCGGUCACGCACUUUGUCAACGACACGUACCGGCAACUUCAGGGCUGGCACGCCAAUCUGCCCGAGUGCUUAGAUGCCGACAACGCCACAGUACCACACAUCCUGAGCAUCCAUCUUUUCUACCACACGACAGUAAUGCAAAUCUUCGGUUUCUUACGUUCAAAUUUCAAGACACGUCCCGACCUCGACCCCGAUAUGGCCGACCGCGCGCGUACUAUCUGCAUCUCGACCGCCCGUCGAAUAUCCUACCUACUCAGCAUCCACCGUGAUAAAUGGGGCAUCGAUCGCAUGGCCCCGUCAACAAUACAAUGGAUCAGCAUCGGUCUCUUCACACUCCUCGAAGCGCUGGACGAGCCCGAGAACCGCACCGCGUUCGUCGAACUGUGCAUCGUGGCGCGGUCGUUCUCCCGGCGCUUCGCGCUAGCCAAGGGGAUCCUGCGCAUGAUCCAGUUGUCGGCGAAUCAGCAGCAGGUGACCUUACCCGCGGAGACGGGAGCGCUGUUCACGGAUUUUGCAAGCCAGAGCUGGCGAAAUAACGACGCGCACGGAUUCAGCAGCUUCUACCCGCAUUUUUCGUCGGUGAUUGAGCAGGGUCCGGCGCGGCAGCCUGAUGUUGCCAUGGAUAUGUUUUUGGAGAAAUGGGACCAGUUGGGAUUAAACGACAAGCACGAGAAAGAAGAUAAUGAGUAA